AUGAUUCCGCCAAGUGCUAAAAAGAUCGUGCAAGAAUUGAAGGAAAUCGUGUCAAACACGGAAGAGGAAAUUUAUGCAGCGUUGAAAGAGUGCAAUAUGGAUCCGAACGAGGCUGCUCAGAGGUUGUUGAAUCAAGAUCCCUUUCAUGAAGUGAGGCGGAAGAAGGGGAAGAAGAAAGAGGACGGUGGCGAGGUCAGAAUUAGGGGUGGAGCUGGAAGAGGCGGGGGUAGAGGAGGCGGCGGAGCAGAUCGCGGCUCUAACCGCCCAGACUAUGGCGGUGGGCGAGGACGGCCGAUGCCGCAACGAGAAAACGGGAUUCAUCCCAGUUCUAGACCUGGCGGGGCAGGGGCCCCAGGCGGGCCUGGUUACAUUCCCGUGGUUGGGGCCCCGGCUCCAGGAUACGGCGGAGCUCCUGUUGGUGCACCGGGAGGGUUUUCCGGCUAUCCUCAGCAAAGGGGCCCCGUUCUGGGAGUCGCAGCACCAAGUGGUGGGGGAGCAUACGUCACCGGCGUACCUGGCACUGCACCGGGCCAGCCUGUUUCGGCUGGUGUGGGUGCGAAUCAACCUACAAGCCUACCUGGUCAGCCUGCCCCUGCGGGAGGCUCGCUCUACUCUCGUCCUGGCGGAGCCUCGCUGUGGGGCGGCGGCGGAACGACUAUGGCGGAUAUGCUCAAGUCCUCCGCCGCCGCGCAGCAAGCACAGCAAGCUCCGCCUCCGCCGGCACCCGCGCCGGCCCCGACCUUGCAGGCGCACGCGCCCAUUCCCCAGCCAGCCGCACCCGUUGUUACUGGUCCCCCCGCACCCACUCCGUAUCUCGCGGCAACCAUGGCGUCAGCCGUUACGGCGCCGAGUUUGUACUCGUCUGCAGCAGAUCCGGUACUGCAUCCGCAGAGUAAGAGAGACGUGGGCACAGUAGGCCCGCAGAGGCCAAUCGGGGAGCGACUGCCGCCGGCGAGCGUGGCUGCUGAAGUGGCUGAUGGUAGCGACGCUGCUGCCACCCAACUGCCGGGAGUUGCUCUGGUGGUAGAGCAGCAGCAGCAGCAGCCCGAUUCUAGCGCGGCUCAGGUUUCUGUGAGCGAUGCGGCAGACGCUGUUCCGGCUGCUGGCACGGGCCUGCAGGCGCAGCAGCAGGUGGCUGAGCAGCCGCCGCCGCAGCAGCAGCAGUCUGUUCUUGGAUCGAUUGGCACUCCCGCUGCUGCUGCAGCCGACGUCGUGGCGGUUACUCCCGCGCAGGAACCGGAGGCAGCUGUUGCGGCUCCAGAGGACCGGUCAAGCGUGGCGGCAGCAGCAAGCAAGCUGCAGAGUCUGGGCCUGCAGGACGACAAGCCUGUCAUCAUUCCCGGGCAUCUGCGCGUUCCCGAGGCUGAUCAGACGCGCCUCAGCUUCGGCAGCUUCGGAGCUGGGUUCGGCACGUCUUUCGGGACCGGCUUUGGCGCGGACGCGCUGUCCGCCAGCAAGGCCGGUGACGCUGUCGGUUCGUCAAGUCUACUUUCGCAGCCUGCUGCUGCGCAAGCGACGGAGCAGCAAGAGCCGGAGCAGGAGAAGGAGCAGGAGCAGGAGCAGGAGCAGGAGGCGAAAGAGGAGCACGCUCCGAUCGUGGACGUCGAGCCGGUGGAGCCCCCCAAGCAGGAGGAGGAUCUGCCUACCCAAGCUCAGCAGGCGAUCGCCCCUCAAGUUCCGCUUGUCCAGCAGCAACAGCCAGCUCAGGUGCAGCAGCAGCCGCAGCAGCAGGCGCAGAGUCAGCUGUCGCAGCAGCAGCAGCUGCAGCAACUGUCGCAGCAGCAGCAGCAGCAGCAGCAGCAGGCGCAACAGGCGCAACAGCAGCAGCCGCAGCAGCAGCAGCAGCAGCCUUCCGCGUAUCCGUAUGUGCCUGCGCUUCAGAACUAUCCCGCGUUUGGCCUGGUCCCGCAGAUGCCCGCGGGGCAAUAUCCUGCAUACGACGCGUCAGAGCCACAAGUCGCAGGAGACAUUUCCCGCUUUACGUCCGUGGGACUGCAGCAGUACAGUGACCCGCCUGGCAGCUACUACUCGCCCGCGUUCAGGCCCAGUGGCGAUGGCGAAAUGCGUUACUCUCCGUUCGUGACUUCGUCGGGAUCUGCUCUGGGUGCCAAAUACGGGACGGCAGGUGCAGUGCAGGGACUGCCUUCUCAAGAGACAUCGAGCAGCUUGGGCAUUGUGGGUGCUCCUUCCAUGGGACAGGCCUCCUCGCACUCCGCUGGGCUCUCCCAGCAGCAGGCUCAGCAGCAGCAGCCCCAGGCACAGCAGCAGCAGCAGCAGCCGCAGCAGCAGCAGCAGCCUCAGCAGCAGUCGCAGCAGCAGCCGCAGCAGGGGCAGCCGCAGCAGGGGCAGCAGCAGCAACAGCAACAGCAGCAGCAGCAGCAGCAGCCUGUUCCCAUGCACGCAGCGGCUGCAGCUGCGUAUGCGGCCCAGCCAGCAGGCAUCCCCAUGGGGGCGCAUUACGGGAUCAACUAUGCAGGCUAUGCGCAGUAUGCUGUGCCGCCCAAUUACUACACCAUGCACUCGCCCUACACUCACCCCAGCUACGCAACCCCCUCGUCCACAUACCCACAAGCGCCUGGCAAUCCUUCAUACCCCACAGCAGCAGGCUCAUCGUACCCUCCCGGCACGGUCGCAGGCGCGAAAUACCCCAUGCCAGCAGGGUAUAAAACUGCAGGUUCCACUGCGGGGACAGGGCACUUGACUGCGGGGACAGCAGCGUAUGGGGCGUAUCCGGGGGCAGCUGGGGGUUAUGGAGGGGGGCCUGGGAUGUCAGCAGGUGGGACAAGCAGCGGCGGGUAUGAGGAUGUUGGGGGCAGUCAGUACAAGGACGCCAGCAGCCUAUACCUUCAAGGCCAGCAGGUGUCAAGAGACAUGGCAGCAGCAGCAGUGGCAGCAGGCAUGCCCACGUCUUCCUACUACAACCUUGCACCAGGACAAGCUGGUCAUGCAGGGGGCUACCCAUCAGCCACACACAGCCAUCCCCAGGCACCAGGUGCCCACGCCACACACCCUGCAGCAGCAUACGGAGCAGCCGCCGCCGCCGCUGCGGGAUUAUACCAUGCUUCCCAGUCAGGCCCCGGCGGGCCUUCAGGCCAUGUGCACGGGCACUCCCACCAGCAACUGCUGCAGUCGCAGGCUAGCAGGCAUCCCAUGCGACUCCUGAAUUUGCGGGGAAGUUGGAGUAGAGACGGUGGAGUUGCGGUGGAGGACCCCGCGUGCCAGCCGACUGGCUACCGCCAGGCCAUCUCCUGUAUCGAGCGCUACAGCGGCGCCGUCUCCUCUCUCCCCUCCGCACGCGCCCGCUCUGCCGGCGCUACCAAGCCCCGCGGGGGAGUGGUGCGGGGCCCGCGCCAGGCGCGCGGAGAGGCGGGGGGAAGGGGGUCGGGCAAGGGGAGGGAGGAUGGCGGGGAGUUGCAGGAGGGAGGGGGAGAGGACGGGCCAGGGGAAGGCAGAGAGGCGCAGGAGAUUAUUCCUGAUGGGCGCAGCGGACACAGUGAAAGCAGUGGGGGCAGUGGGAGCAGUGGGCGCAGAAUUCAAGAAGAAAAGGAUGGGGCGAGAGGUAGCAAGGGAGCUAGUGGUCCCCAAAGUGUUGGUAGCCGUGAGCAGCAGGGAGUGGACGAGACGGCUGGUGGGUUGUCUGCGAGUGUUUCGAGGAGGGUGAGACUGCAAGAGGAAAUAGUUGUGGCGCAGGAAGGCGAAUACAGGGAAGGAAUGCUUACUGUGGGGACGAAAGAGGGCAGUGGGGUGGGACUUUCAGGUUCUGCUAGAGGAGCAGAAGUGGUGGAGAAUGAGAGACGUGAGAAGUUUGAAGUGGCCCCAGGAUGGGGGUCAGAGGAGGGGAAGGUGUUGCUGAGGCGAUUACUGGGGGAGGUGAGAACGGUGCAGGUGGCUGGGCGGGUGAGCAGCAUGGAAGCCAGCGCGGAGGAGGAAGGCGCCAGAGGCAGCAGCACUGGCAGCGGCGGCAGCGGGGAGGGGGUGGGGGAAGAGAGGAUGAGGCGCUUCCUCACGUACGAGUCAUGCAAGCCUGAAGUGGAGACUCUGUCGGUGCUGGGCUUUGAGGGCAUCAUGCUGGCAAUACUGGCAGUAUGCGGUCCCAUCGUGUACCAUCGCAAGAGGAAGGCGGGCAUGCAAGCAGGCACUGUGCGCCUCUCUAACUCUAGCAACCGCUUCUAG